AUGAAUGUUUUCCAUGACAACGUGCAAGAUAUUAGCGAAGAAGUGCUGUACUGGGAUGACGUGUUGGGUUCGAAUUGGUACACUGGCCUAUACGCAUUACAAACGUCUCCCGAUCGGAUUUGGUCUUGCAUCAACUGUUGUCUCUUGCACAGAGAGAAGCAGCGUACUCAACGAGGAUGGGGUGUUAUCCCGCAAGUCUCGUGGGUGCAGUUCUACAAUGUAGUACAUAGAUGUCUCAAACCAACCAAGAUGCGCCCACUGCAUAACCUUAUUCUGUCACCUUUUGUUUCGUGCAGGUCUGAAAUCAGACAAAAGAGGAAAGCGUUGAUGGCAAUGAAACUUGAGAGCGCGAGCAGUCUUGGUCUUAUCAUGGAACAAUGCCUGAGUUUCGAAACUGAGGGUGUACAUGGAGAGUACGCCGUCAAUGAUCAUCUGCGGGAUACUAUAUGCAGAUCUGUCACCAUGUUGGAAAGCCUCCUGAAGAGGAUGCCUCAAAUAUCCGGUAGUACUCACCUCGAGGCUGGGUAUCUUAAUAUCAUUGAUCAUGAUAUCGCUCGGCUACCAUCUGACUUGGGCAUUUCCGAGCAAAACCCGGGGUUGGUCAUCAAACAACUUUCCCGUAUACUCGGAGCACUCUUACCCAGCCAUAUGGAGAAAUCUAGAAAAGCCAUCAAAGCUCACGGGCGCCCCUCAUAUCUGGUUCGCUGCUGGCUUCCGCUUUUAGUGGCACUUCUUUCGGGAAGCACGUUCUUGAAGAUAUUGACUAGUCGAUGGCAUGAGAUCCUUAGAUGGAUUACUGAUAUCGGAUCGACAACGUUCGAAUUCUGGUCCAACUGGGUGGUUGAACCUUUACGUAAACUAAUAGGUACCAUUAGGCACGACGAAAGAAGUGAGAUCGCAUUGAUGAGCAAGAAUAGUCUCGAGGCGGAUAGGGCCAGCUUAGAGAGGAUGGUACUUGACUUUGUUCUCGAUCGCGGUGAAUUGGGUCAUGAACAAUUGGCCGCCCAGCAGAUUCAAUCGAUCACCGCCAAAAUCAGAGAAGGUGAUCUGACGCCAGUAUUGAGAGCAUACGAGAAUGACCUUCGCAAACCGUUUGUUGGCACUAUACGUGGUGACCUGAUUCGUGCGCUUCUGAUUCAAAUCCAAAAGACGAAAGUAGAUGUUGAGAUAGCGAUUGGCGGCAUUGAUUCUUUACUAAAGAGUCAGGAGUUGGUCUUUGGGUUUGUCGGCUUGACGCCGGGAAUAAUGGUUACAUAUGCAUUUCUGCGAUGGCUUCUUGGUCUCUUUGGAAAUCGCAAAGGGUUGCAGAUAGGCAGGCGACAGCAUGAAAUGAGACAUGCGCUGCGGAAUGUUGACCGAACUUUGACUCUAUCAACGCCCACCGACAGCGGUACUCUAACUUUCAAAGACUAUGGCCUCUUGCUGUGUGAUGCAGAGGCUCUCCUCCGAACAGCAGUAACUGUCCUGAAGGGGGUAGACCUUCGGGAGUUUCACGAGGACAUUAAUGACCUUUUGGACAUACGAAAUGGAGUGUCUAGACAACUCCAGGUUGUGAACAGAAUCAGUUGGACUUACUCGAGGUGGAUCAGAUGA